AUGGCAAUUUUUCAUCUAAGUGUAAAACCUGUUAGCCGUAGUUCUGGUCGAACCUCAACGGCUGCAGCUGCCUAUCGUUCUGCCUCGCUCAUUCGAGAUGAGCGAACAGGCGAAACACACGACUAUCGGCGCAAAGAUGGAGUCGUGUAUUCUGCGAUCAUGACUCCAGAUGGCAGCACUAUCGCCAGGGGGGACCUGUGGAAUCUGGCAGAGGCGUCAGAACGCAGAAAGGAUUCCAGAACUGCCAGAGAAUACGAGAUUGCACUGCCUGCCGAACUGGAUCAGGAAGGACGGCAGAAUCUAGCGGAGGAAUUUGCCAGGCAUAUCAUGUCAAAAUAUGGAGUAGCCGUUGAUUUGUGCAUUCACGAGCCAGGCAAGGGCGAUGAU